AGGGUAUUGAAAAGCUGUUGUAAAUUGAUUUUACUCUUGUGACGAUAUUGAUCGCUUUUCUCAGUUUUUUCCUAUUCUUUCGCUACGCAAUAAACAUCGGGUCAACGGAAAUACUUGACGUGGUCAGACUUCCAUACUUUAAGCCCAGGAAUAGUACAGUGUCAUAUGGUUUGAAUUUGUUCUUCUGAGAUGACUUGGGAAAAUAUAGCCUCAUACAACAGCGAUACAUUAUAGAAAAUGCCAGUUGCUGGUUAAGCAUCUGUGGGUCGUUGAUACGAGAGAUACAAAACUGUCUUUUAAAGGAUCAGCACAUACGGAAGAUAGCCUAUACGCCUCGAGCCCAGGUCAACAGGCAAUUUUUUGAAAUACCGCAAUAUAUAUUGUGUGCUGAUGCGACGGUUUGUGUCGUUACAAAGCACAAUGGAUGACUUGCUCGAUCUUAAUUGGUCUCAGCCUUCAGCCAGACCUCCAACAAAUAAUGGACAGCCAUCUCAAAAGCCAAAGAAACAGGAUGCUUUUGCUGAUCUCUUAAAUUUAUCUUCCAGUCGUAAAGAACCUGAUCUUUCCAAGCUUACAUUGGCCGAACAACAACGUCUUCAAACGCAGAGCCCAUCCCGGACAGGUUCCACGACCCUUUUACAGCCUGAUUCAGCAUGGCUUACUCCAACGCAAACCACGUCGCCCACUUUGUCUGCAUCGCCCAGUACACCAGCUAAAAAACCUUUGGGUCAGCCUUCAUCGCCUUCAUCAAGGACAGCGCAUCUUACGACGUCAAGUAACAAGCCAAUAAACAAGCCAAAUGACCAACCGUUCGAACAGCUAUUGGAUCCUUUCUCAAAGCAGCAGACUCGAAAUGACACCAAUGUGCCACUCAACGCAAUGCGUUCGCGACCUUUGAAUGAGACAUACCCCACUGCCCCUUCCACCACUAAUGUGGAUCAGUGGAAUUUCGAUUUACUGGAAUCGCGAAGCUCUUCACACAGCCAGCACCCGGAUGCAUCAACGCCCGUCACAACAGAGCAUACUUUUGAUGAUCCCUUUGACCUUACAUCUUUGAGUCAGAAAGAAGUCAUACAGCACGCAGGUUUUCGUGGUACAGACGAUGGAAUCCAAGGUGACGAUAAUCCUUUAGGAAUCUUGGCUCAACCAGUGACGGUGGCAUCACCAUCCCCACCGCCAUCCACAAGUCCCGAACCAACAGAGACGCAAUACGAGUUUCGUCAAGAGGAUCAUGUGAAACCUGACAGCAUCUUGAGUCAACUGAUUGAUAUGGGGUUUGCAUUGGAGGAAGCUCAAAUGGCUGUGGAAAUUACCGGAGGAGAGGAUCUGCAGGCAGCGAUUGAUAUGUUAAUCCAAAAUGCGGAGGCAUCUCAAGCGAGCAAGAAAGACAUCUCACGGACAGCGCAAGCGAGACAAGCUCUUUUCGAUGAAAAUGUACGCCCUCCUUCCAAGAGUCCCGCUGCGUCAUCCCCUCGACAACAAGGACCGAAAUCUCAACUGUCUGACGCUGAUGAACGCAGUUCCCGAGGUGAAUCUCCAGUCAGUUCGAACGAUGCAUUCCAGCAACACAAGGAACGUAUUGUUGCACAAGCAAGCGAGCUGGGAGGAUUCCUGUAUAAGAAUGCCAGCAUUUUCGUGAAAACAGGGCGAGAAAAACUUGCCAAAGCUGUGGAGGAUUGGCAGCAAGAUCAGCAGCGGCAAACGCCCACCACCGAAAAAGGCAAGAAGAAUGUUAACCGACCCAAAUGGAUGACCGAUGGCUAUGCCGAUGAUAUGUUCGAGGACGAUAUUGUCGAUCAAGCCACGACCAGCAAAUUUGUAGAUGAUGAUCUUUCAGAUCACGAAUUGGAAGAUCAACAGAAACGUCAACAGAGAUCUUCCCCAUCUCCACAGAUUACCAAACCAAGGCCACAGCAGAAAGAACGCCAAUCGCGGCCAAAGCAGGUCCAGCAAGAAGAAGAAGAGGAAGUCUACAUUUCCCCAUCGCGUCGUCGAGGCAGCCCCAUUGGCCGCAGUGCGAAAAUGACGAAUGCUGCAAAACCAGCCUCGCCCGCUUCCUCGCCUUCAGUGGCAUCUCGUCCACCAACGACGAACGUUCCGCCUCCCAAGCCAAAAUUUGUUCGACCGGUGGUAUCGGCGUCGGCUGAUGUUCUGGCCAAAGUGAAUGACAGUCGAAAAAAGGGCAAUGAACACUUCAAGCUCGGUCAGUUUAGUGACGCCGAGCAAUUUUAUACCCAAGCUAUCGAGGCUCUACCGGAGAAUCACGAUCAUUUGGUCAUUUUGUACAAUAAUCGAGCCGCCGCGCGACUAAAGACAGGGGAUCACAAAAAAUCGAUCGAGGAUUCCAAGAUGGUGAUUCACAUGGCACGUUCCGUGGAAGAGGCACGCUCGGAGAGUCAAGGGUUGACAAUUGUAUGGGCAGAUCAACUCAAAAAAGCACUGCUCCGUCACGCCGAAGCCUUGGAAAAUACCGAAAAAUAUGCAGAUGCUCUCAAACAAUACGAGGAGUUACUGAAACUUUGUGGAACACGAGAUCCCGUUAUCAAUCAAGGAUUAGCUCGAUGUCGCAAAGCCAUUGCUCCAUCCAAACCCAGCACACCAGUCAAGAAACCAGCGACGCCUUCAACGAAACCCAAGCCGGAGCCAAGUCCAGCGCAAUCAGCAAAGAGUCAGUUUGAUAUGUUUGAAAUCAAAGAAGCGGUGGAUCCGUCUAUCAACAAAAGUAAAGCAGUGGCCGCGAUGCGCGCUCAGGCCAUGCAACAAGAGGCCGAAGAAGCUGAACGAUUGGAAAAAACGGACAAUGUCAAUUUACGGUUAAACAAUUGGAAGGCAGGCAAGGAAAAUAAUCUGCGAGCUCUACUGGCCACCUUAGAUACGUUGCUGUGGCCUGGUGCUCAGUGGCGAGGGACUCAAAUGAGUGAAUUAAUUGAACCCAAAAAAUGCAAAAUUACCUAUUUGAAAGCUAUUGCCAAAGUGCAUCCAGACAAGUUACCAUCCAAUGUGACCAUCGAACAAAGGAUGCUGGCGAGCGGAAUUUUUACCGUAUUAAACGAAGCCUGGGAUUCGUUCAAAGCGCAGAAUUUCUAAAAAAAGAUAGUCACACUGUCGGUCCCCUUUUUAUUUCCUAUUUUUUUUUUUUUCAUUUCUUCUAUUUUGUCGU